AUGGGCAUCACCCCCGAGUCCUUCAAGAGGCGCACCCUGGCCGACAAGCACAACCAGCUGAACAAGACCCUCAAGUCCCGCCAUCUUCACAUGAUCGCCAUUGGCGGUUCGAUCGGCGCUGGCCUGUUUGUCGGAUCCGGUAGUGCUCUGUCGACCGGUGGUCCGGCUUCUUUGUUGAUCUGCUUCAUGAUCAUCGGUGUUAUGAUGUUCAACGUUGUAUAUGCUCUCGGUGAACUCGCCCUGCUCUAUCCCAUCUCCGGAGGCUUCUACACCUACUCGACCCGCUUCAUCGAUCCCUCAUGGGGGUUCGCCAUGGGCUGGAAUUACGUCUUUCAAUGGGCCGUCGUCUUACCCCUGGAACUGGUCGUAGCCGCUCUGACCAUCAACUACUGGGGCGCCAACAUCAACGAAGCCGUCUUCAUAUCGGUGUUCCUGAUCAUCAUCAUCAUUAUCAACAUCUUCGGUGUCCUGGGAUACGCUGAAGAGGAGUUCUGGGUCGCUUUGCUGAAGCUUUCCACGAUCGUGGUAUUCCUUUUCAUGGGUCUGAUCUUCGUAUGUGGAGGCGGCCCAAGUUCCGGACAAUACGGUGAAUACUGGGGUGCUCGGUUGUGGUACGAUCCAGGAGCUUUCGCCAACGGCUUCUACGGCUUCUGCGGUGUCUUCGUCACGGCUGCCUUCUCCUUCUCCGGCACGGAAUUGGUCGGUCUGGCGGCUGCGGAGACUGAGAACCCUCAGAAGUCUCUUCCUGGUGCAAUCAAGCAGGUCUUCUGGCGUAUCACUCUCUUCUACAUCCUGGGCCUUUUCUUCGUCGGUCUCCUCAUCCCACACACUGACGAGCGUCUUCUCGGUUCCGGCCUCAUCGACGUUUCGGCUUCACCGUUCGUCAUUGUCGCCGUGAAUGCGGGCAUCCCGGCGUUCGGCGACUUCGUCAACGUCGUCAUCCUUCUCGCUGUCGUCAGCAUUGGCUUGUCCGGUGUCUACGGUGGAUCCCGAACACUGACUGCUCUGGCUGAGCAAGGCUACGCUCCUUCCAUCUUCAGCUACGUCGACCGCGCCGGCCGUCCCCUCUUCUCCACCAUCGCCAUCAUCGCAUUCGGCCCGAUCGCCUACGUCCAGCUCGCAAGCAGUGGUGCCGAGGUCUUCGCCUGGUUGCAGGCGCUCUCCGGUCUCGCGGCGCUCUUCACCUGGGGCAGCAUCUGCGUGGCACACAUCCGAUUCCGUGCCGCCUGGAAGUACAACGGCCGCAGCACCGACGAGAUCCCAUUCAAGGCCAUCUUCGGCGUCACCGGUUCCUGGAUCGGAGUCAUCCUGGUCGUUAUUGUGCUCGCAGCUCAGUUCUACACGGCAGUCAAGCCCCUCUCCGCCGUGGCCUUCUUCAAGUCCUAUCUCGCCAUCUUCGUCGUCAUCCUCUUCUACCUCGUCGGCUACAUCUGGAAGCGCGAGAAGUGGGUCAAGAUCUCGGACAUCGACAUCGACUCGGGCCGCCGUGAGAUCGACUACGAGGCCUUCGAGAAGGAGAAGGCGAGGAAAGCCGCAUGGCCGAAGUGGCGUAGAGUGCUGGAUCAUUUCUUCUGA